AUGAAUCCAAUGGAGGGACCUCCUUCAACCCGGUCAGAUAGGGCGUGGGCAUGGGAGAAGCCGGCUUCAGUUAUGAACUUCGAGAGUAUCUCGGAGGAGCCUGGCUCAGGAUCUACUACACGACCACCGACUGGCCGCACUCGAGGCUUCACCUCUUCCUCAGGACGACAAACCGUGAGAUGGCCUUUCCACAGCUUCAGUAACUCACGGUCUUCUAUUCCAAACUUUCCUCGCCGCCAGUCCAACUCACGAUCUAUCCCGCAAAGUUCGGGUUCUUUCCCUCGCCGUGCUGCCGGCAGCAUCAGUCGCUCCGUCUCUAGCUUUCUCGGCAGCGACAUCAUCCCCGACUAUGUAGUUCACUUCAUGCGCGGCGAGACGCCUGAGACUCUCGCCCAAAGGCACCGCCUUGCCGAUAGUCCUGAGCCUGGACAGUUUCACCGCACACGGCCAUCCCAACUCGAAUUCAUCUACUCCAAUGGCGAUUCACCAGACAACUCAAGACCUGGCACCCCCGGAGCCGAACGGGAGAAAAUGCUCAUGGAUGAACGGCCACAUUCCACUAGAUCCCUUACCACAGGAUGGAGAGCCGGUAUUGCAGUCAACAUGUUCCUGGCCUUCCUCAUCCUUGUGGCUUCUGUCACUUGUCUUAUCCUCGCUUCUGUGAAAGGGCACAUGUCGACUUGGGAGUCUUCGUUAAUGGAAGGUAGUUCGACGACAGUUGAAGGUAUAGCUCGAGGAGUUGGCGCAGCCGUCAAUGUGCUUGCCAUCGUCCUCAUUGCGGGAGCUAACUAUGUUGUUCAAAUUCUCAACAGCCCGACCCGUGCCGAAAUCGACAACGCCCAUACUUCCUUCAAGUGGCUCGAUGUCGGUAUCCCUUCGCUGCGAAAUCUUUCACUCAUCUCCUCGACUAGGGCUACGCUGUCAGGCAUCAUGAUGGCGUUUGCCCUCCUUUCUCAAGUAAUAUAUAAUGCCAUAAUUAUUACAACCGAACAGUCCAAAGAAUCAACAUCUUCGCUCAAUGUCAACGGACCCCUACUCGCCGCGAUCACAGUAAUCAACGUCGUUCUUAUCUUCACUUAUUUCAUUGCUGUUGCCCUGGCUCUCACUCGACAGACUUUCAACCCACUCGUCACACUUGGUGAUGUUCUUGCUUCAUUCAUUGCCGAACCCGAUUACACAACCCAGGAUUCGUGCCUCAUCAACAAGGAGGAGAUUAAGAAAGGGCUAUGGAAUGACCGAGAUGGCAAGUACUGGCAUGCCAGGUCAAACCGCUGGUUCGACAUCCCCUCAUUGAGUCGAUGGGGCGUUUGGUUCUUGACAUGGGUUAUGCCUGUGGGUUUGACAGCGGCUGCUCUGGCUCUGGGAAUUAUGGAGGACCCCAAUAAGGCUUUCUCUACAUUCGGCAAGGCGACGGUGGUGUAUGAUCUUCCCGUGGGCACGUCGAGAUCUGGACUGGCUAUCGUUGCUGCGUUGCCUCAACUUCUCCUGGGUAUUUUGUACCUUUCAAGCAAUGCCCUAUUGACGUUGCUCUUCCUGUCUCACGAACUUACGCAGUUCACGGCCGACCUUCUGCCUUUCCGAGUAUCCUCGGGGCAACCGCUUGGUGCACAGACGACUUCACUGUACCUCACCUUACCUCGACCCAUUUCGUGGAUGCUCUUCUUCUUGGUGUCAGCCAUGGCCUUUCUCCUUAGUCAAGGCAUUCUGCUCGUAUCCGCGGAUGGCGAUGAAGGAUCGACCACAGGUAUCGGCUUUAGCCCUCUACCACUACUUAUCCUCCUGGUUCUACUUGUCGUGCUAGGUCUCUGGAUUGCUGUUCUAUCAUUCAGAAAGGUGGACCCCCGAGGUGCCAUUGAAGACGGAGAAUCGGCCGGCAAUCCACUCGCUUUGGUGGGCGGAACAUGUUCGGCGGUUCUGAGUGCAAGGUGCCAUCGAGUACCGAGAGAGGGCGGUGUUGAGACGCUCAAAGUUCGGUGGGGAGUGGUGCGUGAAGGCGUGGGAAUGAACGCAGGGCACGCAACCUUCUCUGGACGACCAGUUGGUGAUAUCUUGGUGGGAAGAGCAUAUGCUUAA